ACCUACCUUAUGAUGCUAUAUAAGAGUGAGAGGCUCCGGCCCAACCUUUUCUCCCUCGUGGCUCCGUCCUCCUCUGCUCUGUUAUCUCUUCUAUAAUCCUCUCUCAAGGCGUUCUUCUGCGGAAUUGUAUCGGUUAUUCGAAGAUGAAUCACUGUAACCUUAAGCAGAACGCCUUUUCGGUUGUCGGCAGCGAAGAGAUGAGAGGCUCUGUCUCGAUCUCUGAUCUGAAGGGCCCUGUGGUUUGCCCCAAGCCUCGCCGAGUCGGGGUUUUGGCUAACAAUUCUCUGAGGCCCUUGAGAUGGCACAUGAGUCAUCCACCCGAGGUCUGUGAUUCCAAGGCUGGGGCAGAGCUUCUUGAUAUCAUUCUUAUGAAGGAGGGUUAUGGGAUGGAACAAUCAGCAACACAGUUUGCUUCAUCACCACCAUAUUUUUGCGGGUCUCCUCCAAGCAGGUCUGCCAACCCGUUAAUCCAAGAUGCUCGAUUUGGAGAUGAGAAGGUUGCUCCCAGUGUUAUUCCAUCUCCUUCGGGUGUUUCAUCUCCAUCAUCAUCUUCACGCAAAGGAGGGUGUGUUAGAAUGAAGUUUGGCCUUAAACCGGCCGCAGUUAGAGUAGAAGGUUUUGAUUGCCUCAACAGGGAUCGCCAAAAUUCAAGCAUCCCUGCUUUCGCUUAGAAACUCCAUCAACGGGAAGUGUACAUAUAAGGAAGCUAAACGCAACCAGAAUUCAUAAACACAGCAGUCUUAACAAGAGGAGGGAAUUUUGCAUAUUUUUGGAAAGGAUUGAGAUCUUCUGUUUGUAGUGUAUAUAUCAUAUCUUUUGUUGGUGAUCAUCUCAUUGCUAAUUAUCUCUGUAAGUAGUUUGGUUGAAAUCAAAAGAGACAUCAGAUGUCGUUUAGAAAGGAUGUGAUUAUUGGAGAGCACGGUUGUAUUGUAAUAUAAGUUGGGCUAGUGUUGGGAAUGUUCUGAUUUUUUAGGUGAUCACCAUGAAAAUUUUCUGUAUAGAGCGGAUGGUGAUUUAAUUUUGGUAACCUAUCAUGUAAAUUUGCUUGGAUAAUUAUCUGUCUGGUUCUUAUUUUAUC